CGAAGAAGAAGUUGAAGCCUCUGCAAGCUAACGCUAUGUUUUUAGCAUUAUGACCAUAUCAACGUAGAGCUGGCUCGGCAACUGUGGAGCUAAUACCAAGCAAACCGGCUGCACCUUAAUAAAUGAAAAAUAGCCGUCCACAGCCCGUGUUCUCCAGUUAGCAAUUUGUUUUGUCUUUUUCUCUUUUUGAACUGGGAGCUGAGCGAACUAACGUUAGCCUUCUUCAGCUAAGGCUCACUCUGCUAAUUCAACAGUGGCCGAAAACAAAAAGAGUGACACUGUCAGCAGGACAUGGCCAGAACAACAGGAGGGAUCUGGGAUCUGAGGACACAGACAGUUCAGGUCGAGCUGAGGAGUGUUAAGGAGUGACAGGGGGCUCCAGGGCUCAUGUCUACUCCACAAACACUCACACUCUUUGACUCUGGCUGUGGAGAACACCUCAGCAUGGUGAAGACAGUAAAGAUGGAGCUCCUCAGAGCGCUUGUCAGCGAGUGUUUGUCUGCAGCUGCCGAGGAGAUCUUCAAGAUUGUAGAAAGAACCAUUGUGGAAUAUGAAAAGGAAAUGUCCUGUUCAAAGUGGGUGGUGGACAGCCACCGCAGACUGCUGGAUGCUGCCAAGUCCCAUAGUGAAGACUCUCUCCAAGUGUCUGCCACAGAUGUGAAGUUGCAGCCUGGUCAGCAUCAGCCUGCUGCCAGUGUGAACGUCAGCGUGUCCUGGGAGGAACCAGAAAACACCAUGUCAGAGCCAACAGAACCCUGUCCUAGCACGAACAACACUCAUCACCCUGCCAGUGAAACUGAUCAAAGUGAUCAGGAGAUACUGGUUGAUAUUGAAGAUGAUGAUGAUGUGAAGCAAGAGUGUGACCUGAACAUGCCUUUGAAAAUCCUCAAAGUGAAGAAACCAUUCAAAUGUCCUGUUUGCUUCAGUGGUUUUUCUUCCAAAAAGACAAUGGUACGACACAUCAAAAAGCAUCCAGAGGAUAAUUCGUCACGUUACCAGUGCCAGUUCUGUGAGCUCUACUUCUGCCACAAGUCUGAAUUCAUCAUUCACACCAGAACACACAAAGGCACCAAACCAUACAAGUGUCAGGACUGUGAGAAAAGCUUCGACCAGAGGGAUAGUCUACUCAUUCACAGACAAAAACACUCUGAGCAGAAAUCAUAUCAGUGUUUUAGUGAAAAGGUGGAUGCAGAAACCUGCCUCAGAUCAGUGACACUUGGCAGUAAAAUUGAAGAAGAGCUGGACUGCAGACAGGAUAAUUCAGGCAUUAAGACAUUUCCACUGACUAUCACUCCCUUUGAUAAAAGUGAGUUUGAUCAGGAGUCUCUUCAGCCCCUGUGUCUUUACCAAAUCCAGACUGUUGCUGAUAUAGAUAAAGACUCCUCAGCAGUUACAGUUGAUCACAUUAAAACCGAGCCGGCUGAAGCUGAUGGUGGAAUAUCGGACAGUACCACAGAGGAUCAGUUGACCCUUUCAGUGAAAUCAGGUGAACAGGCUGAAGGUGAGACAGAGCCAAAACAUAUCAACAUAAAAAACAUCCUGCCAAGACGACCUUCAGGAAAAUCCACAGAGCUCAUCAUUCAGUUUGAAGCAGGAACAGCACAGAAACCCUACAAGUGUCCUUGUUGCACCAAAUGUUUCUCCUUGACUAAGACUUUAAUCAGACACGUAAGGAUCCACACAGAGGACAAAUCGUACCAGUGCCAGUUUUGUGGGAGGAACUUCUGUCAGAAGUCAGACCUGGUAAAUCAUACGAGGAUACACACAGGAGAGAGACCAUAUCAGUGCAAAGAAUGUCACAAAUCAUUCGCACAGAAAGGCAACCUGGUGGUUCAUAUGAGGAAACAUACAGGAAGUAAACUGUUAACAGUGCCACAAGUGCAGCUGUAGCUUUUGUCAGAGGUCAUCUUUUGACUGUCACAUGCCAAGCCACAGAUAUAGGAGUUUACAGCUUUGUCAUAAGGCUGGGAUUUACACCUCAAUAAUUUUUUUGGUACUGAGUAAAAUGUGUCUGUAGCAAGUGAAGCACUGAAAGCUGGAAUUGAAUGUCUGUUCAGAAUCAUAAUCUUGUUUACUUGUUCUUUGUUCAUAUAGUUCUGAUUUAAAUAAAAAGCUUGCCACUUGAAACAAACUCACCAUGAGUUCCAUUAGUACAGUCCCUGCCAUACAAAAUGGCUGUUCCUAGCCAGAGGCUCUCUGGCUGCCACCCGGCUGGGAUCCAACUUCCAGCCACUGGUAGCCCUCCCCUCUUCCUCUUUCCUGACAAGGUGUGUCUAGAUUCCACAGUAAACACGCCCAUUCAAGC